AUGAAGUCCAUGUGCAUUGGACUGGCAGCAGCUGCCUUGUCGUGGACAGGCGUGCUGGCCAGCGAGAGCAACAACGCCAUUCCCAACGAAGCCCUCCUCGCUCGUCGCCCUCGUGUGCUCCAGAGCCGCCACCGAAACGGCACCACUGACUACGCCCAGCUUGGUCUUCGUCAGGAAGGUGGCAGAUGCGGAGCGGGAGUUGGACGCUGCCCCGAUGGGCAGUGCUGCUCCGACUAUGGCUUCUGCGGUUUGACCGUUGACCACUGCCAUCCUCUGUUUGACUGUCAAGCCCAGUAUGGUGUCUGCGGAUGGCCUCCCCCGGUGCCUGCACCACAUCGACUCCUCCUCCCCCCCCAACGACCACGUCAACCCCCCCACCCCCUCCCACCACCACUUCCACCACUUCCACCACUUCCACCGCUGCUCCCCCGCCUCCUCCUACCACUACAAGCACCUACUGGUCCCCUGGUUGUGACCACCAAUGGCCAGUGCGGAAACGGCACCAUGUGCAUUGGAAACCCCAACUACGGCCCUUGCUGCUCGCAGUAUUUCUGGUGCGGUUCCUCAAUUGACUUCUGCGGUGCCGGCUGUCAGUCCAACUUUGGUGCUUGUCUCGGCAUCCCUGGUCUGCCCGGAACUCCCAUCAACGGCACGACCACAAGCACCUCGCCCGUUGUCCCGCCCACGACCAUAUCCACCCCGGUUGUUGUGCCUCCCACCACAACCUCCUCCACCACCACCAGCAGCACCACCACCACGAGCUCGACUUCCACCAGGACCACCUCCACCACUUCUGUCGCGCCCACUCCUACCCUGGUCCUCCCACCCGGUCAGAGAUCUUCUACCGACGGACGCUGUGGCAGCGGUCAGAACUGCUUGGGUUCCACCUUCGGAAGAUGCUGCUCGCAGUUUGGCUGGUGCGGCGAUGGCGAUCAGUACUGCCCGUAUAUUGUCGGGUGCCAGCCCGAGUUUGGCUACUGCGAUCCCAACUAA